GUCCCUGCAGCCUGCCUACAUUAAAUCAGCGCAAUCAGCAUGUCCGUGGAAACCAUCGGCCUGUGGACCAACAAAGGCGGCGUUGGCAAGACCACGCUGACCUUCCACCUCUCAACGGCUUAUGCCUACCUGCAUCCGGACAAACGAGUUGUUGUGGUGGACAUGUGCCCUCAGGCCAACCUGUCAAACACGAUGCUCACCAGCACGGAGGAGGAUGGCACAAGAGAGCCAGGCUCGACGACGGUGGAGAUUUUGAAGGAGGCAGACGAGAUUCUCCAGGCGUCACGCACUGUGGCUGGCUACCUGCACACGAUGCUGAACCCCGACCCAGGCGUUUUUCGCAAGAGUUCAGAAUUUCUGACCCAGGUAGUUACCCACAACAAGGGCAUGUCAGACAACAUCUGGCUCUUCUGUGGCGACGAUCGCCUGGAUGACAUGAAUGCCAGGCUGGCACAAGCCAUCAAUGGCAAUCGGGAUGGGUUCAGGGAUCCAUUUGUCAGCAACCUCAAGCUCUUACGCCGCUUCUUCAUCAAUCUGCAGCAGGAGCCGGGCUGGGCCGAUGCGGAUAUCAUGGUGUUCAUUGAUACUAACCCUGCCUUCACAGAGUAUACCCAGAUGGCCCUCUGCAGCAUGGACAAGUUGGUAAUUCCAGUGAAUGCUGACGAGUUCUCGCUGCAAGCGGUUGAUUAUAUGUUCCGCAGGCUGUGGAACAUGUUUCCCAAGGACGAUGAGCUGAUGCGGGACUAUGUUCGGGAGUCCUUUGGUGUACGGGUGUAUAACCGCAUGCACGAGAGUGACAAGUCUUACCAGAGGACCCGUGACCUCCUGCCCAAGAUCGCCGCCGUGGUGCACAAUCGCCACAACGUUCACAAAACGCGGGCAGUCUGUGCGUUCAGCCACCUGCACAGCUUGCAGGGGGAGCGCAUCUAUGAGGCACACAAAGUGGCCCACAGACUGCGAGGCGAGGACCCAAGAAUGGCCGCCGUGUUUGUGGACAAGGGGCUGCCAACAGCCACGCAGUUUAAUGACAUCUAUACAGCCACAAUGCGCGAGAUGUUCAGCAUUGGCGUGGCAUCUGCUCACACGGGUAUCCCCCUGCAUGGAGUGCGCACCAAACGCAAAUCCAUCCAGAAGGCAUUCGACACCACUAGCAUCGGGAAGGAUGAACAGCUUGUCGCCGUGACCAGUGAUCUGCUCAAGGUGCUGGCCAUUGUUCUGGACAACCCAAGCCUGUCGUCUGCAAACGAUUCACGUCUGUUCGAAAUGAUGAAAGCCGGCGCUGUACCAAUAUCCACUCGCGGCGAAGUGGAACGUCUGCUGUCAACACGAACCGUGUCCAUGGCCUACAAUGAUGCUGCUCGCAUGGCAGCAGAGUGGGAGGCGCGGGAUGCACUCAUGAACAGUGGGCCGGGGGCCAUUCUGGUGGGCGCGGCGGCAGUGGCCCUGGUGCACAUGCAGGUCAUCACGGUGCUGUGCGUGGUGAUGGUCACAGGCGGCCACUGCACGACUGCCAAGGACCCCAACCACCGCGUGUGCGAGUUCACCAGCCUCAUCCUGCACCGAGGCACUGCCUACUACCUGACCGACGACCAGGAGCUGGAGCUGCCCACCGUGGAUGUGACCUACCAUCCAGCUGCAGACGCCCCCACGGUGUUGCACCGCAGCGCGGCAGGCUUCCUUCUCGAGGGCGAGAACGAGUGGUUCAGUGUGCCGCUGUCCUGGCUGUGGAAGGUGACCAACCGGUGGGACAACUUGGCUCACCACUUUGGAGAGGACGCGGUGACCCUGCACAACACGCUGUGCCGGCACCUGGGGGAGUGCAGCUACCCGCCGCGGCGCGAGGUGCAGCUGUUCCUGCUGCACUCGCGGCAGCGCGGCGCCCUGCUGGCGCCAGUCAACGCCACGCUGGCGCGCUGCGUCACCGGCUGGCCGCCCGUCUACCGUGACGACGCGCGCCUGGAGCGCAAGACGGUGCUUUUAGACAAGGCCAGGUCGGGGAUAGGGCCAGACUGUCACGCGCAGCGCGGCUGCUCCAGGCACGUUCAAUGUAUUGUUGGGGCAGGCACUGGACUUGCUGCACCAUCUGGCUGCUGUGCGUGUGUUGAGCAGCAGCCAUUAAAUGUUGACGGAACUAUGGAAUUGUUAAUUUGAGCAAUCUUUUUCUUUCUUUUCUUUCAAAGUGGCUGUUUCUGUUAGCUUCCCUCUCAAGGGGUCUCUGAGGCCUCCCUGCGAGGCCGCUUGGGAUUUCGGGCCGCUCGUUGGAGGUCGGGGAGAAUUUCCUUGAUGAACUCCUUUAAAUCCUGGACCUUUUUGCGGAAGGUUUGGAAGUUGGGGGAGGCCAUCAGUGUUUUCAUCCUCUCAUCAUCCAGGUUAUAACCAGUGUAGUUGAGAUUGUAGUUAAGCGGCUUUUUGCCGCACAUCUUGAGCCCGGCGGCGUGCCAGUGGCAGUACAGGUCGGCGGCAACUCCCGCCUGGGCAACGGUGUCAAAGGAACUGAUGUUGAUCGCCUUGUCCUUCAUGACAGUCUGCCAAUCGUUUUCAAUGGUCGGGCAGCAAGCUUCAAACAUUUGCGUGCCGUUUUUGUUCAGUUUGGGCUUGCCAUUCGCCUCAAUAACUGGCUCUCUUGUCAGAGGGUAAUACCUCAUAUGGACCCGGAUAUAUGCAUGAGCCUUGACCCCACGUUUUGGGUUUUCGCCAUCUUCCCACAGGACGUUGUGGAAGUUGGUGGCGUGCUCGGCGGUGUCAGCCGCCUGGGCGUCUUUGGAGGAGGGGAAAGCCAUAUCCGUCGCGGAAGGCAUGCUAGUAUCCAGCUUUACCUUCAAAUUGCCCUCGCCAUUGGCACUAAACAGUAGCCUAUCACCUUCUCGCAGUGGUGUUUCUCGUAAACCGGUUUUUAGGUUGCCCAUCAGCUUGUCAACACUGUGCUUUUGGUUGAAAAAGGUGUACUGGUACUGGUGCGCCUGAUCUGCCCACAACACAAUGAUGUCCUGUGGCGUUCCGGCAGUAGCAUGAGCAACAAUCUGCGCGCCGAGCAACUCCGUUGCUAGAGUUGCUGGUACAACCAGAGAGUUGUGCUUUAAAUUUGUUUGGGUCAACUUGUAACGCCAUUUGAAAGAUUCGCCGUUUUUGACUUUUUCCCAAUUUCCCACUUUAAUCUUCAGAUCUUUGUUCUUUUUCUGCUUGUCUCGACCGUUUAGCUUUGAUUCCUUGAAGUCCUGCAGAGAGCACAGAGAAAAGAGUGCAAUCCCCUGAUACUUGUUUAGGGGUGGACGCUGUAGAUAUCAAUUACCUUGUGCAAAGUGUCCACACGCUCAAACAGCAUGCAUUCAAUGUGCGUUGCACGGUCAUCUCCCAUCAACUGUGGGUAGGACCCGUUGCCACCAGAAGCCACGGCCUCAAUGCAUGCGCCGACGUCGUUGUAGUAGUACCAUCCCACUUUGAGCCGUUCUGAAAGGUCUGUAAAAAAGGGAGUGUGC